AUGGGGUCGUCUUCGGGAAGAACUUCUUCUCAGUCGUCAAACCCUAGUACCACAACUUUAAAUAUCUGCCCACUCCCUAUUCAAUACGCUCACAUCCAGAGCUCUGUUCCGGAGACACCACAACUGUGCUCCACAGCCACAACCGCUUGGCUCUGCUCCACUGCCAUCACCGCGUGGCUCUGCUCCACAUCCACAGCCAUUCCGUCCCCAACCUCUUCGUCCACAGCCGAACGUUCCACCUCCAUAUGCUCCACCACCGUAUGCUCAACCUCCUAUCGGUCUAUGGACAGACGUUCAACCGCCGGAGAACAUACUCCCGGAGGACCUUAA